AUGCACAAUGUGAAAGUACACGCAUUUCAGAACCCGAUCGAUUCAAAGUUCAAAAAUGCCGAGUUUAUUUUGAAUUCCGCUGUUGAUACUGAUAGUACGCUGAAACGGCUGGCUCCGAUGUGUAGAGAAAUGUUGAGCUUUUACGAUAGCAUUAACAGUGAUGGUUCAUAUGACGAUUGGGUAGAAACAGAGGAUGCUAGAGACGAAAAUGUACUUAGAGCAAAGAGUUUAAAAGCGAUUGUUGAAUGGCUUGCAUAUAUGAUAGAGCUGUCAACUACAUCUCAAGUGAAUGUGAUGGAUGUUAUAGAAAAGUGUAGGCUAUUAUCGAAUGAGAUAUCUUCAAAAGUUAAACAACAGUGUGAUGAUCUAAAAGAGCUGGCAAACAAGGCUGCACAAGUAGUUGAUGAAAUGGAAACACUUAAAUUUGUUACGGCAGUUUAG